CACACACACACACACACACACACACAUACACACACACGUCGCCAUGGCGACACUUGCUCUGCAGACACUCCUCUAUGCACCCGGCCCGUUCUACUGCUACCCUUGGAAGCCCGUGGUCAACGCCUUGGCUGGUGACGGCUACGCCACGGCCUACAAGCACUUUCGCCGCGACCAUCGGACUGCGCCGAAUCUGGCCCUCCACAUGGUCUGCUUAGUCUUCCAGGUCCUGGGCAACUUUGCGCUCCUCGACACGCUGGAUAACAUUGUCGCGCCGCUGCUUCAGGGCUCUCCCAUCGCGCGGCCGAUUGCCGCGGUCACCGCCGCCGGGUGGGCUUUGGCGCUCGCUACUGCCCCGGCUCCGUUUGUGUGUACCCUACUCGCCAUCGCCACCGUGGCCGGCGGCUUUUGGGCCUCCCCGGCUAUUGAUCCCAUGCUGCUCGAGAUGACCUGCAUUGGCACCUUUCUCGCCGUCCUCCUCCUCACCCUCGGUGUGUCCAAGAAGGUCCUCGCCGCCACCGCCGGCUGGGGUGCAUGGUUUGGCCUGUGGGCCGGCUUGGAGGCCUACGCUGGCCUGGCACUGGCAGGCUCGCGCGCGACGGCAUUGGCGGUCCUGGCCGCUUUCGUUGUGGCGGCGGCGGCGUCGCCCAAGGUGCCCGAAGCUCCGGCCAUCGGAGGCGCGCUCGCCUGCCGCGCCGUGGCGAUCCUGACCGGCUCGCGCCUCGCCUUUCUCUGGGGCUGCUCCUUUACCGCCCCGCUCAUGCAGGGUACGGCCCACAAGAUCACCGGUGAGACAGCCACCCUCAUCAACCUCAACAAGGCCAAGACGUCGGCGGCAGCGGUCGACACAGCCGGCAAGGUUCGCUUUGAGUGGGCUCACGUCACCUUUUUCCCCUCGCUCGCCUUCCACUCGGUCUACCACUCGCUCUCAGCGCCGUCGUCCGCCUCGCCGGCCUCCAAGGCUGACUGA